AUGGCCGAAAAGCUUACCGACGACCAGGUUGACAACCUGACGACCGUCUUGCGAAGCGACAACAUCCACCUCGACGCCAAAGUUCAGUACGUCAACACCAUCAAGUCCGGCAUCAAACAGCACAACGUCCCCGAGACCUGUAUUCCCCAGCUGUUCGAAGGCCUCCGGAGCGCCUCCGCGUCGCAGCAUGUCGCGCUGGCUACCGCUGGCUUCACAGCGCUCAAUCACCUCUUUACGCGCAUGUCGCGCCAGGAGCCCAAAUACCUGGUUAAGGAGGCGGCACGAACGCUCCCUCUUGUUGUGGAGAAGCUGGGAGAUUCAAAGGACAAGCCUCGCGCGCUCGCGAUGCUGAGUCUCAACACGCUGUACAGCGUUGCCCCCGCCGACGUCGAGCGCUCGAUUCGAAACACUGCCAUGGUGGGCAAAAAUCCGAGAACCAAGGAGGCGUCUAUGCAGUGGCUUUUGGAGACUCACCAGCAACACGGAUUGCCGUUUCGAGGAUAUGUCCCCGUACUGAUGGAUCUUCUGGAAGAUGCGGACGGAAUGGUCCGAGAUACUGCUAAAAGCACCGUUAUCGAACUCUUCAAGAAUGCUCCUGGAGCUGCGAAAUCCGAUUUGAAAAAACAACUGAAGAACUUCAAGGUUCGACCUGCCAUCGAGCAGGCCAUCGUGAAAGCUCUUGCGCCCACUGGUGCCCGCUCAGAUACCGCGCCAGAAGUUUCGGCUCGACCUGCACUAUCAGCUCCUUCGUCCUUUGCCGCGAGUGAGCGGCCCACUACGCCCAUGGUCGAUUUGGCCGAAUCCGUUGAACCGCAAUACGUUAACACCCAUCGCGAAUUGGACGACCUCUUUAGGGAUAUGGCUCCUUACUUUGAAGGAAAGGAAUCUGAACAAAAUUGGAUGAAGAGAGAGCAGAGCAUGGUGACAUUGCGGAGGCUGGUGGCUGGCAAUGCUCCGGCUGACUUUUUGGACACGUUUGCUGCUGGAUUAAAGGUACUGCUGGACGGCAUCAUCAAGGCGGCCAGCUCACUGCGUACAAGCUUAUCGAAAGAAGGCUGCAGUUUAGUCCAAGAAAUUGCCAACACGAUCGGGCCCGCUAUGGACCCUCUGGUCGAGCUUCUUAUGCAAACAUUUAUGAAACUGUCUGCCAAUACCAAGAAGAUUACCUCCCAAAUGGCCAAUGCUGUUAUAGACGCCAUCUUAAGCAAGGUCACAUAUACUCCUCGUCUCAUGCAGCAUAUUUGGGGGGCGGUUCAAGACAAGAAUGUGCAGCCUCGAACAUACGCCGCCGGAUGGUUAACAACAAUAAUAAGGAAGGAAGCUCAUCACAAGAACCACAUCGAGCAUACUGGCGGUGUCGACUUGAUAGAAAAGUGUAUCAAGAAGUCUCUUGGUGAUGCUAACCCUAGCGUUAGAGAAAAGAUGAGAGCGACCUAUUGGACAUACUGGGGCGUAUGGCCAGGGAGAGCAGAUGCAUUCAUGGCAGACUUGGAACCGACUGCCCAAAAGCUGCUCCUUAGGGAUCCAAAUAAUCCGAACGCUGGAAAGAAAGUAGAGGCCCCGGCUCCUGUAUCCAGGUUGGGGUCAGGAUUCUCGAGGAGCGCCAAUGCGGCCAGCAGCAAGCCAAGUCUACGGGAAACUAUGAUGGCUCAGAAGAAGGCCGCGUUGAGCGCAAGGAGCAUACCAAGCCGACCGGGCUCUGCCAUGUCCACAUUCUCUGCCGCCUCUUCUAACAACUCGAGCGGCCAACUUGCCACGACGACUGCAUCGAAACGACACCGAGCCGAGCCCGGUACAGUUUCAGUCAACGCAGGCGGCAUGUCCGUGGCCCCUAUGCGGCCAGCCAAGAGGCGGCCAGAUGUGGCUCGCCCUGCAACGGCUGGCCCUUACUCUGUUCGAGACCAGCCGUCGCCCGUGGAGGCCCAUAGCCCAGAGAUGCCCAAGUCCAAAUUCGCGUCCUCAUCGUCAGCAUCGUCGAGGCCCGAGAGGCCCGAGAGGCCCGAGAGGCUCAGAGAGGCUACGCCUCAGAGGCCAUCAUCACGGACCCAUCAUGCAUCUCAUGCAAGCGAAUCAAGUAUAACAUCCCCAAUCAUGAGACCAACUGGGAUACCGUCGCCACGCGCCAGCCCAGCCAGACUCAGGCAUUCUCAAACCAUACUGCAUACAUUGAGCCCGACCAGAGCAACUGACGAUAUUACCUUGGUAGUGCCUACACUUUUUAGCAUGCAGUCGGCUUUGCCUAGAUUAGAGUCUCCGCCACAGCCAUUCUUCGCCCGCGCCUCCCCAGACCCCGUCCUCCCCGCCGAAAUCCCACUAUCUCCUCGUACCGAGUUGCCUUCUCGAACAUUGAGGGUAUACGAAGAUCCUUUUACCGACGACGAGCCAACUUCAAGACAGUCUCUUCCUUCUGCUCCAGUAUUGGAGGAGAAGCAAAUCAACGAGGAUGCUGCUAACAUUCAGAGGUUGUCACUGGCACCUUUGUCGGACGAGGUGGAGUUUCAAGAGAAGAACGGACAGAACGCCCGUCUCUUGGAUAGCGGCAUAAACAAGAUUAGAGCCAAGACUCUGGAGGUCCACGGGUUCCGAAAACUUCAGUCUCUGAUUCGAGAUAGUAAGACUGUCUUCACUGACCAGAGAUUUGAAGCCCUUCUUGUUGGCUUGUUCCAAUACUUGGAAGACCCUCUGGCAGAUCUCCCGGCGGGCAAAUCUCAGGAUGUUAAAGCUCAGAUCCUCACAACAAUCAAGCUGCUGUUAAAAAAGGAGCGAAGGAACUUCCAGCCCCAUGUCUCGCGGGGCCUCGAAUCUCUCCUCCAGACUCGCGGCUGCUACGAUACCAGAGCUCAUGUGGUUAGCGGCCUUGAGCUUUUGGCGGAUGAGCUUGUCACCCUCAGCGACGGCUCCGAGACUGUCGUUGUGCUGACAAAGCGCCUGCAGUCCUGCAGCGACGCCACGACGGAAGGUUGCCGCACUCUUAGCAUGGGCCUUCACGUCCUCAAGGAGAUGCUGGCCAAGCGACCCGAGUACAUUCCCACUCACAAAGAGCUCCUGCAGCUCACCAACCUGGCAGGCCGAUGCCUUGAGUCUGCCGAUUCGGGCGUUCGGAUGGACGCUGUCAAGUUCUGUGUUGCUCUGCAUACGCGCGUUGGAGAGGCUGCUUUCUGGGAGGCCAUGGCUGGAAUUAAGGACGAUCCUAAGAGCCUGAUUACGUAUUACAUUGUCAAGAAGCAGCGCGAAGAUGGGAUGCAUUCAUGA